CGAACCUCUUUUCCGAAUCCAUAUCUAAUCUUCCAUUUCUCAUUGGCCACGCAUUAUCUCUACUCUAUAUCGAACAUAAAAUUUUUAUAAAAUCCUCCCUGCUAACCCAUACAACCAACCCCCAACAAAAAGGCCUUAUCUUCCCUGUGAAGGCUAGCUUUUAAAAAAUAAGUUCUUAUCAUUUUUCUUUACCUUGCAUGUUUAAUAGGAAGUCACUAGUCAACAACCAGCUACACGUAAACUUGAGCGUAUCUUCGUUCAUUCAUUUCUCCUCAUCUUUCAUUUUGCAAUCAAUUUUUUCCUUUCUUUCUUUCCCUGCAUUAAUUAAGUUUGAUUUGUUUCUGUAGAGGUCACCUUUUGAGUUUUUAUCAUCGUGAAUAAGUCAAGUUUUUCAAUCUUUUCACUCGUUUUACAAAAGGGCCACCUGAGCUAUACUUGAAACAAUCUUUCUUUGCUCAAACUUGAUCAAAAACAUCUCUCUCUCUCUCUCUCCCCCUCCCUCCCUCCCUCCUCUCUCUCUCUCUCUCUCUCGCUCUCCCCCCUGCACCUUCUUGAUCAAAUCAGCUCAACUUCUUAGGAAUGUUGUAAGCCAGCUAGUUGAUUUGGUUGAAAUGGGCUGCGGUGCAUCAAAAAAAGACCAGGUCUGCCACAACUGUCACAAGUCAUUGGCACCCGUUACGCGGAGCUACUCAAUGCACGUCCACCACCCACCACAACGGGCCGGUGACACCUACCAUGUUGUAGCCCUCACUUCCUCUACUCUUGGUUCUUUAAAAAUUGACACCCCUUUUCUUCAAACGCACCAGAAUGAUGAAAAGAUGGAAACUUUUGAUGAAUUUGAUGACAAGAAAAUAAGAAAUGAAGAAUUUUCUAUUGGUAUGCUUGAGGCCAAAUCUUGGUCUAAGAUGAUUGAUGAGAAGAUACCCAAAGUUGUUCCAAGGACACCGGUUAGAACCCCGCCUGGUGAGCCUGAGACGAUUGAUGCAAUGGAAUUGAUGCAGGGGAUUGAAGAGUUGAGCCCUGUGCAUCGAAACUAUAGGAGUUUUUCGUUUAGUGUGAAAUCGGAUUUGAUUCAAGAAAAUUGUAAGGAUUCUUGUAGGCCAUUGUGGAUGGAUGUUGGGAAGAAUGAUCUGAAUUCGGAUUCGUUUGUAUCGGAUUUUGAUGCGGAUAUAAUUACUCAAUUUAGGAAGUCACUUGAAGAUUUGCCACCAGAUAAUGCAUUUCACUUAAGGCCUGUAGUGGGGCUUGUCGCGGAUUCGAAGAAUUUGAGUGGUGGUUAUAAAGAUGAGGUUUUUGGUAAAGAAAAGGUGGUUUUGUAUUUCACAAGUUUGAGGGGUGUGAGGAAGACUUAUGAGGAUUGUUGUCAUGUUAGAGUGAUUCUAAAAGGGUUAAAUGUGAAAGUUGAUGAAAGGGAUGUUUCGAUGCAUUCAGGAUUCAAGGAGGAGUUGAAAGAGCUAUUAGGGACUAAUGUAGGUGGUGGUUUGCCAAAGGUGUUUGUGGGAAAGAAGUACAUUGGUGGUGCUGAGGAAGUACGUCGAUUGAAUGAAGACGGGCAGCUUGAGAAGGUUCUAGCUGGUUGUGAAAAGGUGGAUGAUGGCGGUGAUGGUCGUAUAAAUGGUGGUGCAUUGUGUGAGGGGUGUGGGGAUGUAAGGUUUGUGCCUUGUGAGACAUGUUCAGGGAGUUGUAAGAUAUAUUAUGAAGCUGAGUACUAUGAAGACGACGAAGAAGAAAACGAUGAAGCUCAAUUCGGGUUUCAAAGAUGUCCUGAUUGCAAUGAGAAUGGACUCAUCAGGUGUCCACUUUGUUGUAAUUAGCAUUGAUCAUAGUUACAUAUUCUCAGUUCACUUCAGGAGUUUUGUUUUGUGUACAGUCUUUUGACACUUAUCAUUGUAUCAAGAUGAACUGUUAUGUUCUUCAAUAUCUCCCAUGCUGAGGUUUGUUUAUAAGAAUGUCUUUAGUCUGUUUCUUGAUUUAA